GGAGAGUUCUUAUGUAUUCCUCCGCGAUCUCCCCCGACCUCUUAAGCGCGCUGAUGAAAACGAGCUCUUUCAUGUAUCGUCUUCACUUUGGGAACUUAGUAGUUGUCUAGUUUGUUUAAAACUAUCUCAAACUCCUCUUCGUCUUCCCCUUCUUCGAAUGUGAACGUCUUGAACACUUGUUCCGCCUCCUUCCCGAGAGAAUAAAGCAACGUACAGACCUGGACCUCGCCGUCUUCUAGGUUUAGCUUUGUGGCUACCCGGUAGCGCUGAAAUCGCUGCCGCCAUUCAGGCCACUGCUCCGGCCGUGAAAAGCCGAAGGCUUCUGGAGAGAACGAUGCAGGCCUUCCUGCCGCUGGGCUGCUGCGUCCUGGCGCUAACGCAGUGCUGCCUUGGCUCCGCCCACAUGAUCCCUGACGACAGGCUGUCCACCAAUAGGGUCGUUGCGUCCAACGCUCUGUCUCACAGCCUGCAGGUCGACCCGCCUCCUGUUGUUAUUGUGGAGCUGAACAAACCCACCAAGAAGAAAGAAAAAGGAAAGAAGCAGAAAAAGAAUAAGUUUGCUCGGAAGCGCCCGCCUCCUCCGCCGGACUGCGUCCCGCUCUGGGGAAGCUGCAAAGCUCCCGGCAACGUUUGCUGCGACUUCUGCGCGUUCUGCCAGUGCCGGCUCUUUAAGACUGUGUGUUUGUGCCGGAUGGGGAACCCGCGCUGCUGAGCCGCCGCUUCAGGAAACCUCCUGCAGCGACUCGGUUUGUAUCUCUGCCUGUAACUCGCAGCAUGAAAGCACUUUAUCAGGAGCACUGCGCCGACGGAGCGGCGCUGCGCGAACACAGGGAGGCUUUUCGCACUGAUUCACAUUUGGACUGUACUUCAGCUUAGCUUUAGCACGCUAACAUGAAAGGAUCCAGACCCGGCCGCUGCCUGGCACCCUCCACAUGAUGCUACGAAUAUCAACGUGUUUAUGGCACAUGCAACAAUAAAAAACCU